CUUCACGGAACAUCCCAAGUUGAAGUGAGGAGCGACAUAUCACUGACAGUCUCAUUGAUGGCCGUGGCUCUCUUCUGUUUCACUCAUUUUAAAAACCAUGUGCCUGCCGGUACCGCAAAUUCAUGACUCGAUAAGCUAGCAAUUCCGGCCGUUGGGAGGAGCAAGACGCCAUGGACCACCGCCGGCCAACCAUACAGGUAGUCAUCAACAAUGGCGUGGGACAGCCCCAAGGUCAUGACCCCGGGGCUCAAAAUGGAUUUUCAAACGGGAUUGGACAGCGGCAUAGACGGCCCUUGCAGGUAGACGAAGCUUUGCAGUAUUCGCCAAUGACCAGCGCGCCGGUUUUUGGCCUAGACUCCAUCACACAGCCCGACGUUGGCGGACAAGCCUCAGCAAACUUCCCCGCGUACUCUCGAUCGACCGCUCGUAAAAUAAUAAAAGAUCUGGACAAUGAGACUCGUUCAGGAUCAAACAGCUCGGCCCGGUUGGCGGCGGUUCGGAAAGAGCUGUUAAACGAACAUCUGAAUGCAGACAAGCUGUCAGAAUUCAAGUUCAAGUUGCCUCCAGGUCUAAGCCAGCCUGGCACUUCGUCGCAAAACCAGACCCGAUCAGGAAUGACCAAGAAACUGAGCCCAUUUGCCAACAUGAUGCUAGACGCAGCCAAUAUAGCCUUUGCCUACCCCCCUUUAUCGGCUGCGCAGCUCCCCGGCGGUUCCUUCCUCCACAACGUCCAGGCCUCACAGCGAGCCUCUGCCAUGCCCCCAGGAUCGACACCCACCAUGAAAGGUCAGAAGCAAUUUCUACGGCCUGCUGUCGUCGUUCCACCGCUCGAUCCGUCAAAGAGCUAUCACCUGGGCGAGGAUCAAGGUACCGCCAAGCGACGAAAGCUGAAUGCCGAAUACGAGACUUCAGCAACUGCCUUGCGGCUCAAAGCUCAGAAGGAGGAAGCAGAUGUGGCUUUAUUGAAACUACAGGAUCUUUUGCACGAAGUUUUUGAAACAGAAGACAGACUCGAGCCCGAUACCUCUUCUGUCGCAGUGACCCAGGAAUCAAAUGCUAUGUUCAGAGUUGCGAAGGUCUUGGAAGUGCGCCGGCCUAUCCUUGGCCCAGAGAGCCACUCUAGACUUCAGAAGUCCCUGCAGAGGGUUGUAGGCUUUGGAAGGUUGCAUGAUAUUCCCUCCGAGUACAUUACCCGUGUCCAAAAAAUGUGUGAGGAACCUAUAAUAUCUGCACAAGGCCUGGACCUAAAGCUAGAAGAUGCAUCGAAUGACUCCGAGGCGCAAACAUGGCUUCAAAAACUCGAGGACAUAUAUAAUACUAUGCUCGCCAUUGGAACACUUCUUCAGACAAUGUCGGGACGGCGGAGCGAGAAAGAUUUAUGCCCCGAGGAUUUAGUACAGGCAGUGCCCAUCGUUUUAACAAAUGUUUUCGACCACUGCAUUAUUCCUGCUGUGGAAUCCCGACCGUCUGGUACGGAAUCAAAGCUUUUUGAGCUGGUCAGCCGCGAGAAAAGGAUGAUUGGAGGUUUGCUCUAUCAGGCGAGGAAGCUUCUCGCGUCGUUGGCGAAUUUCCUUUCACGAAUUGAUGUUUCCGAGGGAACCAUUACAUCGACAGAGUUUCUUGCAACUAAACUGAUUUUUGUCGAGAACGCACACAAUGACAAGGAAUCCGCUGUCGGCUAUCAAAAAUUCGAAUCUGUGCGUCGUGCAGCCAUGGACGUCUUAGCUAAGAUAUUUUCUCGCUAUCCAGAUCAACGUCCAUUCAUUCUCGAUGAGAUUUUGGUGUCACUUGAGAAAUUACCAUCCACACGCCAAAAUGCUAGACAAUUCAAACUCAUUGACGGCAAGAAUAUUCAAUUGCUUACUGCUCUAGUUAUACAACUAGUGCAAACUACAGCUAUGGACGUCCGACAAUCUAAAAGACUUAAAUCCAAACGUCAACGUCGCGUUCCUCAUGCGAAUGACGAUGAUGACUCUACCAAUGAAGAGGACGAUGAGAGCGAGUCUGAUGAUGACGAUGAUAGAUAUGCGCCCAAGGCGUCCUUGGAACGACUUGCAAGCCGGGCAAACAAACUCUAUGACAAUUCUGUUCGCAGCGCUCAAUAUAUUGUUAAAUUCAUUGUGCAACGAGCAAUGACAUCAACAAAGAGUGGAGAUCAGCCCUAUCGAAACAUUCUUGAUUUGUUCACAGAAGAUUUGAUCAGCGUCUUGGGAUCAACAGAUUGGCCUGCCGCGGAGUUACUUCUACGUAUUCUUGCAUCACACAUGGUUGGCAUUGCUGAGCUUGACAAAAGCCCCGCGACUGCGAAAAACAUGGCUCUUGAAUUACUUGGCUGGAUGGGUUCUGGUAUUUCGGAUCUUACGGCCUCUGCCCAGCAUUUGAUGCCUUCUAUGGAGGAUGGAGGUAAUAGUAUCACUGAGUACCUUCGACAACUCUAUGACGAGUAUUCCAGGCAUGCCUUGCAUGUACAAGAUUUGGUUGCUGUAGACGGGCCGUAUCGCAUCGCAUUAGAGUACCUUCAAGACCGGGACCUAGACAAUUGGCAGCUGGCCAGUGCUCGAGGCUACUAUGUAGUUCAGUGGGCGAAAACAGUAGUAUCUGCAUAUUACGAUUCUGGUGAUAGAGACACGGCCGGUCAAGAUCGGCGAGUUAGCAACCUGUUAUCUCUGCUUCCACGGCUGCUGUCGGAUUCAAAGUGGUUGGAAACAAAUAGUCACUAUAAUAAUGUUUCUACUGCGCAUGGAAAGUUUGCAUACAUUUUGACGGUUCUCAACAUGGGAUUCUCUAAAGCCUUUGAUACAAUUUUGAAAGUCCUAUUAAAUUCUAUCACGAGUGACCAAGCGAAAGUCAGGAGUCGUAGCUUGAAAAGUGUCAUAACAAUGCUCGAGAAGGACCCGAGCCUUCUUGAUCGAGACUCUUCUGUGAUGCGGGUAAUUUUAAGAUGUGCUACAGACGCGUCUCCUAUGGUUCGCGACUCCGCUCUCUCUUUAAUCGCUAAGUGCAUUGUUUUGAAGCCAGGUCUCGAGGAAGAGGGGUGUCGAGCUAUUCUUGCCUGCGCCAGUGAUGCCACAGCUGGCGUUCGGAAGCGUUGCAUCACACUCUCUAAAGACAUAUUUCUCAAGACGAUGCGCCAAGAGCUGAAACUGGCCAUUCUUGACAACCUGCUCCAAAGAACCAGUGACUUCGAAGAAGGCGUUGCUAGCCAAGCGCGGCAGACUAUUGAGGAACUCUUGUUUGCACCUUUCUUCUCCACGAUUGACAGCCUGCAGGAUGCACCAAAAGCCAAAAUGGCAUUAGCAGACCAGGUCUCUCUCAUUGUAAACCUGGUCCAGAGGAGUGAAAAUGCCGCAGACAAGUUAGGGUCUUUUUUGAGAAAGAUGAUAUCGGAGACUACCAAAACCCCCAGUUCAAAUUUCAAGGUUUGUAAAGCAAUGGUAGCUAACAUGUUUGAGAGAGUUGUUGACGACUCUGCCUCAUCUGAAAAAGAUGGCCACCAGGCUCUUCUUCAGACUAUCACGGUUUUUGCGAAAGCUAAUUCCAAACUUUUUGUCACUGAACAGCUCCAAGCUCUACACCCAUAUAUCGGAAACUUGAUCACUGCGGAUGACCUAUUUGUCUUUCGGUCGGUGGUUGUCAUUUACCGUUGUGUUCUUCCUUACAUAUCUUCUGCGCACAAUUCUUUUCUCAAAGAGGUCCAAAAUGACCUUUUCAAGAGCGUCGCAAAACUGGCUCGAUCUGAGUUGAAUGAAGUUAUGGCGUGCCUCUGGACUAUCAAUGGUGUACUUCAAAACCCAGACAGAUUGGUUAAGCUCACAAUUUCUGUAUUGAAAGGCAUUGGCCAAGCCAAAGGGGUUGAUCUCAUGGAAAGCAGUAAGAAAGAUCUGCUAAACCGGGCUCGCAGCUAUGUGCGCAUUGCUGGUUGUGUGGGAAGACACUGUGACCUUGAAAAGUUCGAACCACACUUCAAAAAGUCGUUUCCUACGUGGAAAGGGGGCUCUGUAGCGGGCCUGCUUGUUGACUUCCUUUUACCCUUCAUUCCUCAGAACCAACCGCUAGAACUAAGAACGAUGGCUCUAGAGAGUCUUGGGUCUAUCUGCCAAUCAUGGCCUGCACAGUUCAGCCGAGAAGAACCUAGACGAGCAAUUUCGUCUGUAUUUCAAGAAGACAAUGCCAGUCUACACAACAUUAUUCUUCGGGCAUUUUCUGAUUUCUUUGCUAUUCAUGAGGGUAAAUCAGAAAAGCUUGUCCAGCCACAGACUGACUCUUCUGAUCCCGAAGCAACUACCAGACUAGGUGGAUCUUUGAAAGCCAGCGAUAAUGACGGUGCUGCAGCAUUAAUUGCCCAGCACUUCCUCAAAGACAUGAUACGAAUAGCUCAGUCCAGACAAGAUUCGUACUCAUUGACUGCUAUCGAACUCAUUGCAAGCAUCAACCGCCAGGGCUUAGUCCAUCCGAAAGAAUGUGCAGGUGUUUUGGUUUCGUUAGAAACUUCAAAUAUCCCCGCCAUCGCAAAGGUUGCUUUUGAAACGCACAAAAUGCUCCAUCAACAAUACGAAUCCAUGUUUGAACGCGAGUACAUGCGAGCAGUCCAAGAUGCUUUUAUUUACCAAAGGGAUGUUGUAGGUGACUCUAAUGGAGCGUUGGUACGCCCUUAUAUCGCAAAACUUGCUCCGCUUUUCGAGAUUGUCAAAAUCAGCAAUAGCAAAUAUCAGAAGAAAUUUCUUUUCAAUCUGUGCUCAAAGGUCAACUUUGAGCCUAAAAAACUUGAUACGACUGGGAAUCCGCCGGAUCAUCUACUUCUCGCAAGAUUUUUGUGUCAGAAUCUAGCGUUCUUUGAAUUUGCACAAAUCGCUGAAUUACUGCCGACUAUUGCAUGCAUGGAAAAAAUUGUUUCUGCUACAGGCACAAUCGUUGCCCACGCCAUCGAGUCUGAGAUAUUUCCUCCUCAACUCGAACCCAUCAAGCCGGAAGGCGACCCGGACCAAUUUAUGCUUAACAACCAACCCGAUAACAAUCCCUCGCAUGUUGUCAGUCCCCGUGUUCUGCGACACCUCACUACUGCCGCUGCUAUUUUAUCGAUGUUGUGGGAAGCGCGCUCACAUUUGAGGAGGCAAUACGGUAUCAACUCACCUGUCAGGGAGAAGGAACCCAAGGGCAAUACUAAAGAACUCAACAAGGCCCCGGUUAAAGCUCAUGGGGUAAAUGGUGAUCGCUUCUGGGAGGCCAUCUCGAAGAACAUGACCUGUCUUGACAGUGAAGAAAACAUGCUAGUGAAAUGCCGCACGUUCGCUACGCUGCUCUCCAUUGAUGACGAGCUAAAGGUUGCUGGUGAUGAUGAUGCUGAUGCGGAUAGCCUGGAUGAUGGUCUUGAUGAUGAUAUUCCCGCCGUCAACGGCAACAAGCCCAUGAAGCGAAAGAGCUCGCAUUCUGGAGGCAUUCCCCCGAAGCGUCCCAAGAGCAAGAAUCGAAAUAAUGCUGGCAAGAAACGAAAUAGCUCCGAGCCUGAAGAUGUCGUGCUUUUUGAUUGAGCCCAUAACCGGUUUCCCACUUGCUUACCUUCUUCUAUAACAUUUCAAUUUCUGAUAGCGAGGCGUUAUUCGCGUGAAGGCGAAAGACUAUGGGUUUCAUCGAGCCUGGUUUAGUUUUCUUUCUUGUGUGUAUAUUCGACUAUUUCUAUUCCACGCAACGAGUGGAAGUAUUUGCAUUGAGCGUUUAUAUUCUAUUAUAUAAUAAAGGUCACAGAAAGCAGCGCAAAAAGCUACUCGUCAACAUGUAUUGGGGCAGGGUCAAUAUUACACUAUUCUACGGGUUUUGAAACAUUGAUGAUCCAUUCUUAUGCUAAAUUUGGUAUCACAAGAUCGUAUAGCUGUCCAUUGGUAGAUUUGAUAUCAAAUGUUUCAUCUAUAUACCUUCAACAUACAUGUAGAAUUUAUCAAUUGAUGCAUCCGGAAC